AUGCCCGAGGCGCUCCCUCCACCUCUAGUGACUGUACCCCCUGUGACUCCUGAUCCUGAUCCCACUCCUGUCCCUCCUGCCCUAGUCCCCGAGAAGGUCCUGGACAGUCCAACCGCCGCUCCUCCCUCCUUGGAGGAUGAUGAUGAGCCGAAACCCGGUGACCUAAUUGAGAUUUUUCAUGGACCAUACCAGCACUGGGCCAUAUACGCUGGAGAUGAUUAUGUCAUCCACCUCACCACAGCAAGCGAGGCUGGUUCCAACAGCACGAUGUCUGUCUUGAAUGACAAGGGUAUUGUAAAAAGGGAAAAGUUGUUGGAUGUGGUGGGUGACAAUGGAUACCGCAUCAACAACCUUCUGGAUGAUAAAUAUGAGCCCAGGAGUGUCAGCACCAUACUGAAAGAUGAUCGGAGUCGAGUGGGUCAGGAGCUGCCAUACAGUGUCAUUCAACACAACUGUGAGCAUUUUGUGACAGACCUGAGGUACGGCAAGCCAGAGUCCCGACAGGUGGGUGUCUUAGUCAAUGCUUUAUGA